AUGAAGGUUAGCAACUUGAUUCUCGCUGCUAGCACUGCUAGCCUUGCGGCAGCCUACCCUCGUGGAAGACCUGUCGCCCCCUCCGAAAAAAGCGUCGCUACGAAGCGCGCAAAUGGCUUGACUUGGGUUGGUGUCAGUGAAUCUGGCGCUGAGUUUGGCCAAACCAACCUUCCUGGAACCCUCGGGAAAGACUAUACCUGGCCCGAUACCACGAAGAUCCAAGUCCUGCGAGAUGCAGGCAUGAAUAUCUUCCGCGUGCCAUUCUUGAUGGAGCGUCUGGUGCCCGGCAUGGCGCUUAUGCAAUCAUUGACCCUCACAACUACGGAAGAUAGUGAGUAUCCCAAGAAGCUCUUCGCUUGCUGGAAGAUACUUACAAGGCAAACCAGCUCUGGAAGUAUCAUUUCCUCCACCAGUGACUUCAAGACCUUCUGGAAGAACCUCGCGACAGAGUUCUCUAGCAACGAGAAGGUCAUCUUCGACACAAACAAUGAAUACCAUGACAUGGACCAGACCCUCGUUCUAAACCUGAAUCAGGCCGCCAUUGACGGUAUCCGCGCUGCUGGUGCCACAAGUCAGUACAUUUUCGCCGAGGGCAACGCCUGGACGGGUGCCUGGUCAUGGACCGACAACAACGACAACAUGAAGGGCCUGACCGACUCAGCCGACAAGUUGAUCUAUGAGAUGCACCAGUACCUCGACUCCGACAGCUCCGGCACAUCGGAGAACUGCGUCAGCACGACCAUCGGCCAAGAGCGCCUCGAGUCUGCCACCAAGUGGCUGAAGACCAACAACAAGAAGGGAUUCAUCGGCGAAUUCGCGGGCGGCGUGAACUCCGUCUGGCAUGCUCUCCUAUCUCUAAGCGAUAACAGCGACGUCUGGACCGGCGCUUCCUGGUGGGCUGCUGGACCUUGGUGGGGAAGUUACAUGUACAGCCUGGAGCCCACUGACGGCCCUGCCUACUCGACCUACCUGCCCAUUCUGGAGCAGUACUUCGUUGACGGCCCAAAGUCGGCGUCUCCGUCGGCUACCUCUGAGAGUACUUCUUCCUCUGCCGCUCCUCCAGCCACCAGCACCCCUAACAGUCAGGCACAGGCUCCUAGUCCGUCCGUUUCGACUGCUUCCAGUGUGCCCGUUGCGCCGGUUGCUCAGCCAACAUCCUUCUCUUCUGUCCCAGUCUAUGUCCCUGCUCCUUCCAGCUCGUCCGGUUUCGUAAGCUCUUCUUCAGUGACCCCUUCUGCUACCCCCUCUGCUAGCAGCGGUGCGGUUCGUCAGUACUAUCAGUGUGGUGGCGCAAACUGGACUGGUCCCACCACUUGCCAGGCGCCUUAUACAUGCAAGGUGCAGAACCCUUACUACUCGCAAUGCCUGUAG